AGGAGCGGUAAGGAGAGGAGAGGAGUAGAGAACAGAGGAGAGGAGAGGAGGCGAGAGGAGAGGAGAAGAGAGGAGCGGUGUGGAGAGGAGAGGAGCGGUGUGGAGAGGAGAGGAGAGGAGAGGAGCAGUGUGGAGAGGAGAGGAGUGGUGUGGAGAGGAGACGAGCAGAGUGGAGAGGAGAGAUGGCUUUGGUUGGGGUGAAGACACUCCUUCUCUGUUUGAUUGGAAGUCUCAGCGCCUUACCGAUUCCAAAUUACCAGGCGGCCCCGCAUCCUGCAUGGCUCGAGGGCCCUGGUUGGGGCUCUGCUGCUGGCCCAUACCUGGAAGGUUCCGGCUCUGAAGGACAUGCGGAGGUCAAACGUGUCACUCCUCUGCCACCGCUCAGCCUCUUCCAGCUUCCCCAGCAGCACCCACCCAAAACGACCCUGAUGACAUUGACACGACCUCAAAGCACCUCUGGAGACACCGUCCAGCAGUUGUCCAAACAAUCGGAGAACAGUCUCACAGUCGAUUAUGAAAAAGAAAACUACAAUCAGUCAAACUCCGCUGGUCACACUAAGCAACAGUUGUUCAAACACCCAGAGAACAGUCCGAGUGUCGAUCUGGGAAAAGAAAACUGUACUCAGUCAAACUCCACUGAUCACUCCUCCUGGAACCAAGUGAACUCUACCACCUAUGUACAGGUCAACGUCAGCAUCGCCUCAACAGAAAAGUCUUCUGGGAGCCUCAAUGGCAUUUUUAAUGUUGCAAAGUUCGCCGAAAAUUCUGCAAGAAAUUCUACAACACAAGGCCUGACCAAAUCUACAGGUGAUGCUGUUGCUGAUGGUUCUUCCGGUAGUACUGUUGAUUAUAACAAUGUAACAGAUCAACUGCACCUUGAUGGCAUUGAUGUGACAAAUUCAACAGCCAAUUCUAUUCCACACAGCCCUAGUGAAUCUACAGGUGAAGCUGCUGCAGUUAAUGGUUCUUAUGACCAUACUGGUGGUGAUAAUAAUGAUAUCCCAGAUCAGCCGAGUAGAAAUGAGUCCCAUCUCAGAGGAGACCUUGGUCACCUUUACCUCAGCCUGGGCAUCCAAUCAGAAUCGAUGAGGGACCGUAAUGUCCAAUCAGAGUCCGCCAUUAAUGUCGACCUCAGGGCAAAGACGACGGUUGGCUCUUCUCUACCCAGCUCAGACACUAACACGUCACUGAGACUCACUGAGAACAGUGAUGCUGAAAGGAUAGAGUCGAAGCGGCCGACUCGCUCGGCAGAGUCAGACCAGGCUGGCGGGUCGACUGAUUCUAACCACUCGAGUGACUCGAGCGACUCAAGCAGCAGCAGUGACUCGACGAGCUCCAGUGAUUCAAGUGAUUCUAGUGACUCGAGUGAUUCAAGUGAUUCGAGCACAUCCAGCAGUUCAAGUGAGUCAAGCAGUAGUUCAAGUUCGAGUGAGUCGAGUGGGUCCAGCGACUCAAGUAGUUCUAGUGAUUCCAGUGACUCCAGCAGUUCAAGUAGCUCAAGCGACUCCAGUGACUCGAGCAGUUCUAGUAGCUCAAGUGAGUCAAGCAGUUCUAGUAGCUCAAGUGAGUCAAGCAGUUCUAGUAGUUCUAGUGAUUCCAGUGAUUCAAGCAGUUCUAGUAGUUCUAGUGAUUCCAGUGAUUCAAGCAGUUCUAGUAGCUCUAGUGAUUCCAGUGAUUCAAGCAGUUCUAGUAGUUCUAGUGAUUCCAGUGAUUCAAGCAGUUCUAGUAGUUCUAGUGAUUCCAGUGAUUCAAGCAGUUCUAGUAGUUCUAGUGAUUCCAGUGACUCGAGCAGUUCUAGUAGCUCAAGUGAGUCAAGUAGUUCAAGUGACUCGAGCGAUUCAAGCAGUAGCUCAAGCGACUCCAGUGAUUCCAGCAGUUCAAGUAGUUCAAGCGAGUCAAGCAGUUCAAGCGACUCCAGUGAUUCCAGCAGUUCAAGUAGUUCAAGCGAGUCAAGCAGUUCAAGCGAUUCCAGUGACUCCAGCAGUUCAAGUAGUUCAAGCGAGUCAAGCAGUUCAAGCGAUUCCAGUGACUCGAGCAGCUCAAGUAGUUCAAGCGAGUCAAGCAGUUCUAGUGGUUCAAGUGAUUCCAGUGACUCGAGCAGUUCCAGCAGUUCAAGUGAUUCUAGUGAUUCCAGUGACUCGAGCAGUUCUAGUAGUUCAAGUGAAUCGAGUGAUUCCAGUAGUGGUAGCGAUUCCAGUGACUCAAGUGAUUCGAGUGAUUCAAGUGCUUCUAGUAGUUCCAGUGAAUCUGGUGAAUCUAGCAAUGCCAGUUCACAUCACUCCUCUUCUCCAGCCCACUCUUCUGAAAGUGGUGCAGAGUGAU